AUGAAAAUGAAGGUGAUGUUCGUCAAUCGGCAUGGGAAGCUUUCACUGCCUGUCACUCGUUUAAAAUCAGAUACUGCUCACCACCUUCUUCCUGGACCCUCAGUGCAUAAAAACGGGAAAUCAAAGACAUCUACUAUCAACAACCAAUCUCAAAUGAUCAGUUUAAUUCCACCCGCACAACGUACUCGAUGGUUUUGCGGGAUCUGUAGGAAAAGUUUAUCGUCGAAACGUUCGUAUGACGAGCAUAUGAACAUUCACAAUGAUGCGAGACCUUUCGCAUGUGAUCACUGCGAUUACGCAGCAGCUAGUCAAAUGACGUUGAGAAGACACAAAUUGCGAAGUCACACUGCCAGACGUGACUGGGGAUACAAAUGUCCGUACUGUCAUGAGGCCUACAUGGAACCUGCUAGUUAUCAACAACACGUGCAAUCUCGGCAUUUCGGUCGCUCAACAACUUUCGGGUGUCCUUACACCCAAUGCACCUUUCAGUCCAAAUGCUUUCGACACUUUCGCGAGCAUUUAGCGAAACACAACAAUUACGAGUCAUAUGUUGGUCAGCCAAAUAAGAUUCCAUUCUCAUUUCCGGAUGACGAAUUGAACAGAUUCUUGGUGGAUGAUGAAUACGGUUAUGGUUAUCGCGCAAAUAGUUCUGUUCGCAGAGUGCAGUUUGUGAAAGGACGAUCUAAUUCGGCGAUCAUGAUGGGUAACGCUACAGUGCUACCGGUCAAGGUAGUUGAAACAAGUGAUUCCCCACCGCUUCUCACCGCCGAAGUGAUGGAUUCGGAUUAUAUGAAAGAGCCUAUAAAACUGCGACCCUGUCUCGAGCCAACAUCCAGCCAACGAAAUGUCAUCCCGGAGGUGCAGCAAAACUAUGUUAUGGAGCCUCCAACAUUAGUUGAGGAAGGACAUGAAAUGUAUCCGCCCGACACCGAUUGGAUUGAAGGAGAGAUAGAAGUACCAGCGACGGUGUACCUUCGCUACUAUCUGAUCUGCACGGGUGAUUACACGGGUUUUAUUUCGUUGAUCACAUUUUAUGUGAUGGACAUGGGCGUUCUCGCCCCAGCAAUCGACCUGCAAAUUGCUGAUGACGUAAUUGACGAGGAAUCGCAAGUGAAUGUUAGACCAUCAUCACAAUAUGUAGAGGUUAGGAGUGAUCUUCCUGGUGAUAGACUUUCACCUAUGCUUCCAUGCUCUUCGAAUCAAUUGAAACUCUCCGUUGGUGGAGAAGACUCGCCAGAGGAAGACGAUAUCUGCGAUCUUCGUCAGAACAUCCAUAUGUGGCAUCUCCACCCCCCUGAAGCAGAAGAUUUCACUGAAGUUGAUGAUGAUGUCGGCUUAUCUGCAGAGCGAGUACAGUCGAUUAUUGCUGGUCAGGGAUUGUUAUUUACGCCCUUGAAUGAGGGAACGUUUGUUGAGGAGAUUUUCUCGGAGAAAGGUCCAAAAUCUCACAAUGGCUACCUCUUUGGAGCAAAAAUUGGUGAAGGAUCGUAUGCUAAAGUUAAAGAAGUUGUUGAUGAAACAACUUUGGUACGUCGAGCAGUGAAAAUCAUCAAGCACAGUCGGUUGCGGAAAAUCCAAAAUGGACAGGAAAACGUGGAGCGCGAAUUGCGAAUUCUCAACAAAGUGAAACACGAGAACGUAAUUCGACUGAUAGAGGUGUUUCGAAGAGAACAAAAGAAUAAAUUGUAUGUGGUACUUGAGUUCUGCAUGGGUUCUGUGCAACAGUUGCUCGACGCUGCACAUGAAAAUCGGCUUCCUGACGCAGAAACCCAUAGAUACUUCGUAGAUUUGAUAAAAGGGCUUGAGUACCUACAUUCUGUUGGAAUAGUUCAUAAAGACAUAAAACCAGCCAAUCUACUUGUGUCCUUAGACUACACGCUAAAAAUUUCCGAUUUCGGGGUUGCUGAGGAGUUGUCAAAGUUCCAGAAAGAUGACUCGUGCCAAGUUGUUCAAGGAACUCCGAAAUUUCAAGCGCCAGAACUGGUCUCAGGGAAUACUGAAAGCUACAGUGGGUUUGCAUCUGAUUUGUGGUCAUGUGGUGUAACCUUGUAUAAUAUGAUCUCGGGUCUGUACCCUUUCGAAGGAGCGGUGAUCAUGCGGUUGUUUGAUAAUAUUGCUCAUGCUGAUUUGGUUAUGCCCACAAAUGUAGAGUUGCAUCCUGAUCUAGUCAUAUUGCUGAAGGGUUUACUGAAUAAAGAAGCGAAAAAACGUUUUACUAUCGAGUGUGUGAAACACAAUGCAUGGCAUGCAAGGCCUCGAGCAAAGUUUUCUCCUUCAACCCAUCUUUCUAAGCGAGGUUCCGUUCAACGCCCUUUAACUAUUUACCCUGUUCUUGAGGAACGAUUCGGAGCGAUACCAUUGGAUCGAAUAGUAACGGAGAAUGAUCUUGACGAAACCGUUCUCAGUCGUCAACACCACAGUAGUGGCACUUCACAUGCACAUUCCUCGUUGAUAUUGCCGCCCGAUCACGGACGUGCGGGAUCCGAGCCAUGUAUCAAUGCCGAGGAUCGGCAACACUAUAAUCCUAUCAGUGUUCCGGCGCCAGCAGCUACAUCACCGUCACCGCCACAACCACGCCCACCUCGAAAAAAUCCCGAUGUUAUUGACGAAUUUUCGAAGUCGGAUGCUUUGUUCGUGCAGCGCCCUGCUUUUUGUCGAAGAUUGAUUUUGCUCACCUCUCAAGUGCGUGAGGUGUGCCUCACGUGCAUUAGCGGUACUAGCAUAGUUUUGAAAGUUAGGUCGAUUGUUGUAGCCCAGGCCUCGCUUGUUGUCAGAUCAGUGAGCCUCUUGUGUCAUAACAAGUAA